GGGCAAGGGGGCCAAACCAGAGUGGACAUCAGACUCGCCAACUUCAUCCUUUUUCUUUUUUUUUUUUCUUCAACUAUGGAAAAGUCAUUUGGGAAUCUGCUGCGUCAUUCGCGGUUAGCGACAUACGAUCGCACGUUGCCUCAAGUGUACACAACACCUCGCAAAUGCAAACAAAUAGGUGAUUGGGGUUUAAAGCGCAACUUACCGACGGUCGUUCGCACCCCUUUUGUCACCAUUGGCGACCUCGAUACAGCAGAACAUCAGACGCCCUGGAAAUCCGGCCAAGGUCAAGUUCUCUUUGUGAGACGCUGGAAAGAAAACUUCCCCAACUCGAAAAAGCCCGCACCACGAUCGGAGACUGUGGAAUACAAUGUCGCUCGCAUGACCCCGGCCGAAUUCCAACGAUUCCUCAAACAAGCGUCGAAAAAGGCGCCGGCAUUCAAAGAAGCGUUAGCAAAGAAAGAAGUGGUGCCGGAGCAAGUCUUUGAUUACGUGAAUGCCACAUUCAGCAACAGUUCAUCUUCAACCACAGUGGGACCUACCUACAGCGACCACGAUGCUGGCUGGGAUUAUCCAGUGGAGGGUCGUAUUCUGAAUUCCGUCACAGGAGGUCACGCCGCCGGUAUUGCCGGUGUGGUGGCUCUGUUGCCCAAGCGUUACAGUGUCGGUUUACGCAACAGCGGCGACCGUAAAUUACGAACAUUCUAUGUCAAUGAAGUCAAGUGGGAUGAAGAAGGCCGACCCAUGGUUGAAGUGAAAUUGCGCGGUGCCGGAGAAACCUCGCCAUCGUUGCCUCACUUUUUAUCGGGCGAGUACGACCAACAGAGUCUGCACCAAAGCAAAUUCGGUUCCAUGAGUGCUCAUGAUAUGUUUGAAAGUCGACCGGAUCAACGAGACAAUAUUCCAGUGGAAGAGGAAGAUAACAGCGUGGCCAACCCUGUCCACAUGAAACUCAUGGAACGUAUCUCAGGAUUGAUGAAAGGCAGCAAAGCAAACGAAUAGACCCCCCAAAAAAAACCAUCACAGUAAAUAGAUAAAGGAUAAUGGAAAUAAAAAAACAACAGAAUCAUAU